UUCUUUUCUUAAAUUCCACUAACAUCAAAACAUGAAUACCAUUUUGAUAAUUGCUCUUAAUUCAUAUGUAUCUAGCAGUAGCAGUAGCACUCCUGCCCACUAAUGCUUCUGUACCAACCUCAUAAAUUUCUUCAUCUUAUUUUCAUAAUGCAUACUUUACAAUAAUGCAAAUUUCUUGUCUAUACCGAAUUUUUAUGAACUGGUCUCAUAAAAGCUCCAAUAUUCUUAAAUGGCGGAAUUCACUCAUAUAAAGACUAUCCACCAUAAAUCCGGUCUAGAUAAGAAUUUGUCUAUCCGGGUGCUUAUGGUGGACCGCGCUCAUAUAAGUUAACUCCAUCAUUUAAUCACAUGUGAAGAAUCCGAUUAAGAGAAAUCUUCUCAACUAUGUCCAACAAAAAAAGUUGUGUAUCAUUAGCAGUUCUGUUUCCUUGGUUAAUAUUACUAUCUUCUUGUAAAACAAGUUUUGCUUCAAAUCCUGAAACUGUAGCCCUCCUUAAGUGGAAAGCUAGUCUUGAAAACCAAUCAAUAAUUCUUCAAUCAUGGGUAUCCUCUUCAGCAACUGCCAAUUCCACUACUGCGACUCACUGCAAAUGGCACGGAAUAGCAUGCGAUGAUGCAGGCAGUGUUACUGAAAUAAACCUUGCGUAUCAAGGCAUCAGAGGUAAUCUUGACAAAUUAGAUUUCUCUUCUUUUCCAAAUCUACUUCGUCUUGAUCUUAAAGUAAACCAGCUUACAGGCACCAUUCCUAUCGACAUAGGCAUCCUGUCGAAACUUCAGUUUCUUGAUCUUUCCACAAACAAUUUUUUCGGUACUUUGCCUCUUUCUCUUGCAAAUCUCACUCAAGUUUAUGAGUUAGAUAUUUCUCGCAAUAAUAUAACUGGCGUACUCGAUUCAAGCUUGUUUCCUGAUAAAACAGGCAGAACUGGCCUUAUUAGUGUCAGGAAAUUUCUCCUGCAAACUACAGGACUUGGUGGCCGAAUUCCUGACGAAAUAGGAAAUAUGAAAAAUUUGUCUCUGCUAGCUCUAGAUGAGAAUCAGUUUCAUGGCUGUAUCCCUGUUUCAAUAGGAAAUUUGAGUGAAUUAGUUAUUCUUCGCCUUUCCAGCAAUCGGCUAUCAGGAAAUAUCCCACCUUGUAUAGGAAAUAUGAGAAAGUUAACAGAUUUGCGCUUGUUCACGAACCAAUUGUCUGGCUUGGUGCCUUCAGAAUUAGGCAACCUUUCGUCAUUAACUGUUUUACACCUUUCCGAAAAUAAUUUCAGUGGCUAUUUGCCCCAACAAGUGUGUCGAGGUGGAAAGCUAGUCAACUUCACAGCUGCCUUCAACAAUUUCUCUGGUCCAAUCCCAGUAACCCUAAAGAACUGUCAUAGCUUGUAUAGAGUCAGGCUUGAACAUAACCAACUCACAGGAGUUUUAGACCAAGAUUUCGGGGUGUAUCCGAGUCUGACUUACAUUGAUCUAAGUUUCAAUAAGUUGAGUGGUCAGCUUUCUUCGAAAUGGGGAGAAUGUCGCAACCUGACACUUCUCAGAAUUGCCGGAAACAAUCUAGUCGGGGAAAUUCCUGCCGAGAUUAGUCAGCUGAAAAAGCUAGCAGUUCUUGACCUUUCUUCCAAUCGAAUUUCUGGCGAGAUACCAACAGAACUUGGAAAAUUAUCCAAACUGUUGUCUUUAAGCCUCAAAAGAAACAGGAUUUCAGGUCAGGUGCCAGGGGAAAUUGGAGAAUUAUCCGAUUUGGAGUCUCUGGAUUUGUCUCAGAAUAUGCUGAGUGGGCCAAUUCCAUAUCAAAUAGGGGACUGCUCUAGACUCCAGGUUUUGAGCUUGGCGAAGAAUAACCUGAACGGGACAAUCCCGUAUCAAAUUGGUAAUCUUGUAGCAUUACAAGGGUUACUAGAUUUGAGCUAUAAUUUUCAAACCGGAGAAAUUCCCUUUCAGCUUGGAAAGCUUACAAGUUUAGAACAACUGAACCUGUCAAACAAUAAUCUUAGUGGUACAAUUCCUGCUUCCUUUAGCAACAUGUUAAGCCUCAUCGCUAUCAAUCUCUCGGACAAUGACUUUGAAGGUCCAAUUCCUGACAGUAAUAUUUUUCGUACAACCCCGCCGAGUUCUUAUAGCAAUAACAAAGACUUUUGCAGUAACUUUUUGCCAUAUUUGAGAACUUGCACAAAGAAUGUCAGAAGUCAGGAAAAUAAUAAAGUUCGCGUUAUUAUUGCUCCAAUAGCCGGUGGGCUAAUUCUGUCACUUGCAAUUAUCGGUCUUUUGGCACUAUUUCGCGAACGGAGUUCGCGAAUUACGUCACAGAACGAAGAAGAUUCAUCAGGAGUGUGCUAUUUUAAUGGUAGAAUUUCGUACGGAGAUAUAAUUGAAGCCACAAGAAACUUCAAUGAAAGUUAUUGCAUUGGAGAAGGAGGUACCGGAAAAGUUUACAAAGUAGAAUUGUCAGAUUCUCAGGUAUUAGCUGUGAAGAAGCUGAAAUACAAAAGCAGAGAUGAAGAAUCUGAUAGAAUAAAAAGUUUCAGCAGUGAAGUGGCAGCUUUAGCAGAAUUACGCCAUCGGAACAUUGUGAAACUCCAUGGAUUUUGUUCUCGAGGAAGCCAUGCAUUUUUGGUUUAUGAGUAUAUUCGAAGGGGAAGCUUGGGAAAAAUGCUGAGCAGCGAAAAUGGUUGUGAAGAAUUAGAUUGGGAAAAGAGGGUCAGAAUUAUUGAAGGAGUAGCUCAAGCUUUGUCUUAUAUGCAUCAUGAUUGUGUUCCACCUAUAGUUCAUCGCGACAUAUCAUCCCACAAUGUUUUAUUAAACUCCGAACUGGAGGCUCGUGUUUCAGAUUUUGGCACAGCUAAGUUCCUGAAGCCUGAUUCAUCUAAUCGGACAGCAAUUGCUGGCACGUUCGGAUAUGUUGCUCCGGAGAUGGCUUACACAGCAGUUGUGACAGAGAAAUGCGAUGUAUAUAGCUAUGGAGUUUUGACAUUAGAAGUUUUAAUGGGAAAGCAUCCGGGGGAAUUCAUUUCGUAUCUUCAUUCAUCGACCACGAACCGAUGCAUAGACUUAGAAGACGUGCUAGAUUCUCGUCUGCCGCCUCCUGCAGACCAACAGCUUACUGAUAAAUUGUGUUGUAUGUUGGGGAUUUCACUGUCGUGUAUACGAAUUAAUCCUCAUUCUAGACCGACCAUGAGAGAUGUAGCUCGGGGACUUCAAAUGGAGGCACGUUCUUUGUAAUUUGUAGCAACUAUUAGUAGCAAAAUCAUCUAAUUAUGUGCUCAGGGACGACUGUGCUCGGUUCAUGUAAAUUACAAUGAAUAAUUGAAUAUCUAGCGCAUGCAGGGCUUGCAGUUUUCCCACACCACAUUACACAAAAUUAAGCGGUUUUGAAUUGAGCUUCUAUAGUUGGGUCACAAACGGUCAGUGACACAGUUAAAUAGCAAAUUAAAUAAAUUAAACUCAUAACACAUUUAAGUCA